UGUUCAGGUUACCACGUCCUGAGCGAAAGUGACCGCAACAAAGGCUACAAAGGAGUUGUAAAAUGUGACCGGCCGUUGCCCGCUGGAAAACGCUGGUAUAGGUUUCAAGGAGAGGCAGGCUCACAGAUGCCAACACAGUGUGUGCCUAGAUAUCAGUGUGGUACCCAUGCUCCGGGCUGGCUGAGUGGCGCCCAUCCCACAGUGGGCGAGGGAGCCGUUCAGCGCAAAGUGUGUUUCCAUUGGUUGUCAAACUGCUGUAAUUGGUCCAGUAACAUUAGAGUGCGUAACUGUGGCGGUUUCUUUGUGUACGAGUUGGUUGCACCACCCGGAUGCAGCAUGCGAUACUGUGGAGAGAAUGUUCAAGGAGGCACGCCACCACCUCCAAGUUCUUCGCCACCUCCAACUGUUUCUGUUUGUUCCAACUACAAAGUCUUGAACGAAAGCGACCGUAACACAGCUUACAAAGGGGUUACCAAAUGUGACAGCUCAAUUGGAAAAGGCUGGUACAGAUUCAUGGGAGAUGCAGGCACACAGAUGCCAACUAAGUGCGUUCCUAAAUAUCAGUGUGGUACCCAUGCACCGGGCUGGCUGAGUGGCGCACAUCCCACGGUGGGGGAGGGAACCGUUCAACGCAAAGUGUGUUUCCAUUGGUCAUCGGGCUGCUGUCAGUGGUCCAGUAAUAUCCAGGUUCGUAAUUGCGGGGGUUUCUUUCUGUACGAGUUGAAUCGGCCACCAGCCUGCAGUUUGCGAUUUUGUGGAGAGAAACCUCAAGGUUGUGGUUCGUCAACGCCUCCACCUCCUCCAUUGCCGACAACGCCGGUUAACGCACCAGAAUGUUCCAACUACAAAGUCCUGAAUGAAAACGAACGUGCUAAAGGAUAUCGAGGUGGAAUCGUCAAGUGUGACCGCACUGAUCGCACUGGUUUUGUGAAGGCCUGGUACAGAUUUGAAGGAGGUGCCGGUGACCAAAUGCCUGAUACCUGUGUACCAGUUAAUCGUUGUGGUACGCAUGCUCCAGGCUGGCUUAGUGACGGUCACCCCGCAGUGGCUGAAGGGGCUGCCUCUCGCAAAGUGUGUUUUCAUUGGAGCGGAAACUGCUGUAGAUGGAAUAUGAACGUUCGCGUCCGUAAUUGCGGAAAAUUCUACGUCUACGAGUUGCCACCGACACAAUAUUGUUCUUUGCGGUACUGUGGGAACAAGGAUCAAGGGACACCACCACCUCCAGUAACACCACCACCCCCCACUGGUUCCCCACCCAUACCAGGUGCAUGCGGAGUCCGUCCUCACUCCAGAAUUGUAGGUGGUGUCAACGCCAAGCACGGUGAUUGGCCAUGGCAGGUUCAGCUGCGUACCACUGGUGGUUUCCCAUACUGUGGUGGAUCACUUGUCGGUCCUGAAUGGAUUGUUACAGCCACUCAUUGCGUCCAAGGAAAAUCACCCAGCUCCAUUGUCAUAAGACUUGGCGCACACCGACGUGUCAUUAAUGUUGGAAGUGAGCAGGAUAUUCGAGUUACCAGAGUAAUUACACAUCCGUCAUAUCACAAACCGUACAGAUACAGCAACGAUAUCGCUUUACUGAAACUGGAAAGACCAGCUCAGCUGAACAGGUAUGUAAACCUGGUUUGUCUUCCCCAAUCCGUUCCUGAACCAACUGACGGUACCAGAUGCUGGAUCACGGGCUGGGGCCGACUUGCUUCUGGGGGUGCUACGCCUGACUAUCUUCAGCAAGUUCAGGUUCCAGUGGUCAGUCGUGCUCGCUGUGAUAGAGCCUACCCAGGGAAGAUCCAUGAUUCCAUGAUCUGCGCAGGCCUGGACCAAGGAGGAAUAGACUCCUGUCAGGGGGAUAGUGGUGGGCCGAUGGUGUGUGAGACCGGAGGGAAGUUCUUUCUUCAAGGUGCCACCAGCUGGGGUUAUGGAUGUGCCAGCCCUGGAAAGUUUGGCGUCUACGCCAAAGUGAAGUACGAGUUGAACUGGCUUAAUUCUAAUAUGUCCUAAAACUAGUACAAAAGACAACGGCUUCAUGAGGGAUAUUUAAAGCAUUAGUAAUAGGGGUUAAUUGUGGGGAACAUUACACACACUGGAAAUAUCAUAGAUAUCGUUGAAUGAUGGAUCAAUAAAAGCAAUUGAGAGAAA